ACGUCUAUCCUAUUGUCCUUCUUACGGUACAUUCUGAUGACUUAUCAAUUUUUCUACAACUAUAAGUUAAACAAAACACGUCCCGUUGAUUACAGCCGGUUUAUUGUGAUAUUAACUUAUGUAGUAGUGAUGAUGAUGCCCCUAGCUGCUGGACAGCUGACGAGGAACCAGGGAGCGAAGUUCCAUCGAGUAUUAGCUCGGCUUUACAAUAAAAUGAUUGGUACUGAUGCAAAUGCAGAAGAAACGAAAAUGAUAAAGGACUUCAUACGUUUGAUCAAGAAGAAUCCGUUGCAAAUCAAGUUGAUAUCUAAUUUUCCAGCUGGAAUGAACCUUUUGCCUGUAAUUGGGAUGUUGUUUUUCAACUAUCUCAUUGUUAUACUACAGUUUAAUCAUGUCAUUUAGUUCAGUACUGAUUUAUAACAAUAAA